AGUGUUCCUGGCAACGCCACUGUAUCGAUGCCUCAGCCACUCUUAGCAGACGCAUGAGUCAUGUCAAUGGUAAUCCAAGGUUUUUCCAGAAAAAAACUUGCAAGGAUCUUAUCCUGCCGGUGACUCAAUCAAAGCUUGAAAACUUGAAAAUAAAAAAUGUUUUAUAUUUCGAUAUAUGCAUUGUCAGCACUAUAGUGAAAUCUCGCCGGUGCAUAUCUUUUUAUCGAUAGCCGUUCUCGAUUGUUUGGAUCGUUUGGAAUUGGAUCGUUCAACUCUACAUUUCCUUGCUGCGCUGGAAAGGGUGGUUGUGUGGUCGCGAGCCAGGGGCGCGGCCGGGGGCUGCCAACAUGGGUUCGGGCGGUCAGCAGAUGUUCAACCUGCGCUGGAACAACUUCCAGUCGUCGAUCUCGUCGGCGCUGCACGAGCAGCUGCUGGGUGAGGAGCUGGUGGACGUGACGCUCUCGGCCGAGGGGCGCACCGUCGGCGCGCACCGGGUCGUCCUCUCCGCCUGCAGUCCCUACUUCAAACAGCUCUUCAAGACGCUGCCAUGCCAGCAGCACCCCGUGAUCGUGAUGCGCGACUGCAAGUUCGCCGACAUUCAGACGCUGUUGGCGUUCAUCUACCAGGGCGAGGUGCAGGUAUCCAACAGUGCUCUUCCGUCGCUGCUGCGCACAGCCGAGGUACUGAGCAUCAAGGGCCUGACGCCGUCCCACCUGCGAGAGGAGCAGCCGGCGCCCGCCGAGUCCCUGGUGGGCUGGGGCGAGGCUUUCACGCCCCAGCCACAGUCGCAGCCGACACCGCGGGCCCGGCCGCAGCCCAGUGACGAGUCGCCCUCCAAACGUGCCAAGACGGGCGGCAGCGCCGAGUCGCGGCGCGACCCGCCAGCCGCCGCCUCUCCUUCCGAGCUGUCGGCCACCACACCUCUGAACCUGUCCUGCGCGCCGAGCGCGCCGCCGCCGCCGCCGUCACAGCCCGCCCAGCCGCCGGCCGGCCGGUUCACGCUCAAGAUCCCGACGGUGCCGGGCGCCGCGCUGGCCGCCGACGACAACGGCGCCGACGGUUCGCCGCGCGUCGAGUCGGACGACGGCUCGUGGCUAGACUGGGACUCGAAGGAGAGCCGGAGCAGCAAGCCGGCCAGCCCUCCGUCCGUGCCAGCCACCGUGUCGCCGCCAGACACAGGCAGCGCCGAGAGCGGGCCCGUCUGGAAGAAUCUGCUGCCGAAACCGAACCGGCGCAUGCUUCCCGUCAAAUGUCCCGAGUGCAGCAAGCUGAUCAGCAACGCGUACAACCUGCGCGUGCACAUGGACCUGCACAAGCACCUGACGUACAUCUGUUCCCUGUGCUCGACGCCGACCCGGUCGCGGGACACGCUUCGCAAGCACAUCACCAACAUCCACAAGGUGAAGGGCGAGGCGCUGCGGGAGAUGCUGGACCACGGCAUCGUGUCGUCUGAGGCGCCCGCCGAGCCGGUGAAGCCGGCGCCGGCCGCCUCCGCCGCCGCCGAGGACUCCAAGGACGACAAGGAGCCGGCUCUGGUGGUGGACGAGAGCAGCGGCCAGCCGUCGCCGGCGGCCGCCGAGCCACCGGCCCCCGCCCCGGCCCCGGCUGACGCCGCCGCCGCCGCCGUCACCACCUGCUGAGGCGCGCGCCGCGCACACACCCUGUCCCGCCCCGCCCACAGAGAGCCAGCACCCUAGUCACGAAACAUUCCUAGUCUUCCUCCAGCGAGCUUCCCGCCGGCCGCCGUCGGCCAGAGUAGCUAGGUACCCUUGGUAGGCGUGGUAGGUGACUGGUGUGCAAGUCAACAUUCCCUAGAGCCCGCGUGAAGACCACUCCUGCAGACAACCUGAACCCAUUCCCUCCGGAACCCAAGUGAUUGUUAGCUACCCUGUAGUGGUAGAUGGGCGAGCGUAGUGACCGUCGCCAUCCUGUACCCCGCUCAGAGGCAUACUUUAUCGUGCCAUGAGGCUGUUCAGUGCAGUGACGUGGACGCUGGACGGUAGUCAGAUGUAUUUAUUGGUAACCUGUGCCCUUUUGGUACUUAGUCUUAGCAAAAUCGUGUAUAUAAUGUUUGAUUUGUGUUCAUUUGGGGAUCGUGUGAUUUGCUCUAGUCCAUCAGCAAUCAAAAGACAGCUAAAUAGGGCGAUUGUCUUCGAUUGUUGGUAGUUGUUUUGCAUGCCGUUUGUUGAUGAACGCACGUGAUUGAUUUUGUUGCACCAGCAAUCGUAAUGGUCGAUUUUGGCCCAUGGGGAUGCUUCCGGCUUGGAGUUAAUUGCAGCUAAGGCUGCCAGAGUUAAGGGGCUUUUGUGAUUUGGGCGAUUUUACGAAUCACGUUUUCAUACGCCUUUGUGACGAAUUUGGCGUAUCUGGGUGGACCCGUUUGUGUGCGUAGUUUUGCUGUGUGGUCUGUCUAGUCAGCGCGACUGUUCUUUGAUUUUAAUCAUUAGAGGUUUUAAUUUUAGCCAGUGGCCAUAGCAGUCGCGAUGCUGUGCAAUUCGCGAGUCCGAUCUCCUCCGUUCUACAUAUGCUUAGACUCCUCUGUCUUCCUGGGAUGUGUAGUCUUUCGUCCCUCCGUACCCCACCCAAUAUCACCUGCCUCAUGCCUGGUCAAUCUUUGGCCUCUCGCCGUGCUAGUUCAUUGUGUCUUUUCUGGGGCUAGGUUAUUCCCUCCCUCACUUAGCGCCUCUCUGAGCUGGCUCGGCCAUUUUCGUCCGGUUGUGAUUGUUGUAUGGACUUGCUCUCGCGCAGCAGCUCAAGCCGUCGGUUGCCUUCAGCAGUGCCUUAGCCCGCCGCUGGUGUGAGCAGUACAAACGGCCGGAGUAGUCCACGCCGCCAGCCGUGCCCGGCCGGACCGUACAGGCCCGCAGAGGGGCCGCUUCUGGACCCUCCCCGUGCAAUGUCUUCCGUUGACCAGUCCGCCGGCCCGGCCCCUCGGACCAGGCUGACCAGUGGUCCGCCGGGCUCUGUGCCGAGCUUUGUACCGUGCAAAAGAUCAGGGUAUCGUAUGUCGGCUUAUCAUAGGUGAUUAGACGCACAACAGCGGCCAGUGAACUGCGAUGACAAUGAUAAGCUUGAUGCAGUUUAAUCUGGUUAAUAGCACAGUCUGAAAUCAUGCGCUAAUUUGAUGCAUUAUACACUGAUUGCGGUGAUUGACGUCAUUCGGCAGUUUGUAGGUAUGUACUUUCAUUAUACCGAGCUAUGCGUGUGUGCCCAAAGGCAGCUUUAUGCAGCUGAAUGCCAUUCGGCGCUGAUCGGCGGUCGCCGGCCCAGUAGGUUUGUAAGAAGGCCGUGGUGCGUUCGUGUGCAGUUUGGGUAGCGCCGGUCCGCGGAGCAGGUGUCCUGCUCCGUUUUGGAAAGGUCUUAAGAGCUGGUUGAAACCUAUGUAGUGUGACCUACACUGCUCACCUGUUGGGACUUAAAAUACAAGUAUAUCUCUA